GUGGCCCAUCCAGUCGCAGAACUGAGUGUCUUCCAGUGGAGCGAGGGUUUGGUUCACAGUGACAGGUUCGCGAUGUCCUCCGCCAAAGGCUUCUCCAAGGGGUCUUCCCAGGGCUCCGCGCCGUGCUCCGCCCCGUGCCCCGCCCCGACGCCCUCCCGGGCCCCCACUCCCUCGUCCUCCUGUUGCGGCGGCUGCGGCGACACCGGUUGCUGCCGCGGCUGCGGCGGCUGCGGCGGCGACUCGGGCUGCUGCGGCUCGGUCUCCACCGGCUGCUGCUGCUUCCCAAGGAGGCGCCGCCAGCGGCGCAGCAGCGGGUGCGGGUGCUGCGGGGGUGGCAGCCGGAGGUCUCAGUGCUCCAGCAACACCCAGAGCCCGGGCUGCUGCGGCGGCUGCUGAGGCCACCGCCGACCUGAAGAGCUUCUCCAGAGCCACCCACCAAUCAGAGAACCGGCCGCCGCUGCCUGCUGCUGCCACCCCAUCUCCACCUCCUAUAUCUAUGCUCAGUCUCCUCUGGGCCUCCGAGUUUGCACUCCCUUGCCCCGCCCCCAUCAAGCUCACUGCACUUGGAGGUCCAGAAACCCACCCUGUUCUCAGCCCCACAAAACUUCCUGACAUCACGUGAUUUUCCUUCCUGGGAACCUGAGAGCCAUGGUGGACUCUACUGUCUGCAUGGACACUGCAUUCUACUGUCUGCAUAGGCUUGUAUGCAGUAGGUGCUCGAUAAAUGCCUAUAGAUUUGAUUGUCUUAAAGACAUGCUAUAAUAAAGCUACCUCCUGAGAA